AUGUGUCGCUGCCCCCUGGAGCACCAUGACGGCAGGAUGACCUCAGCGGAGGCAGUGGUUAGUGGUGCUCGGGCGGCUGGGUCCCCCGAGUGGCCGCCCGACACCCGGCAGGCCCUUGGGCGGCCUGGCCGGGUUCGGGUGGCCGUGGCAGCUCUGGUGUGGCUGCUGGCAGGGGCCAGCAUGUCGAGCCUCAACAAGUGGAUCUUCACUGUGCAUGGCUUCGGACGGCCCCUGCUGCUCUCCGCCCUACACAUGCUGGCAGCAGCCUUGGCGUGCCGCUGGGGGGCACAGCGCCCCAUGCCCCGCCGCACUCGCCUCCAAGUGCUGCUGCUCAGCCUCACCUUCGGCACCUCGAUGGCUUGUGGCAACGUGGGCCUGAGCGCUGUGCCCCUGGACCUGGCACAGCUGGCCACCACUACCACGCCACUGAUCACGCUGGCCCUGUCCGCGCUGCUGCUCGGCCGGCGCCACCACCCACUGCAAUUUGCCGCCAUGGGCCCCCUCUGCCUGGGGGCCGCCUGCAGCCUGGCCGGGGAGCUCCGGACACCGCCUGCUGGCUGCGGCUUCCUGCUGGCUGCCACCUGCCUCCGCGGCCUCAAGUCCAUCCAGCAGAGUGCCCUGUUGCAGGAGGAGAGUCUAGACGCGGUGACCCUGCUGUAUGCCACCUCGCUGCCCAGCUUCUGCCUGCUGGCGGGUGCAGCCCUGGUGCUGGAGGCGGGCGUAGCCCUGCCGCCCGCCCCCACCAGCUCCCAGCUCUGGGCCUGCGUCCUGCUCAGCUGCCUGCUGUCCGUGCUCUACAACUUGGCCAGCUUCUCCCUGCUGGCUCUCACCUCUGCCCUCACCGUCCACGUCCUGGGCAACCUCACUGUCGUGGGCAACCUCAUCCUGUCCCGACUCCUGUUUGGCAGCCGCCUCAGUGCCCUCAGCUACAUGGGCAUUGCACUCACCCUUUCAGGAAUGUUCCUUUACCACAACUGCGAGUUUGUGGCCUCCUGGGCUGCCCGCCGGGGCUUCUGGAGGAGGGGCCGGACUGGCAAAGGUCUUUGAGACCUAGGGGAACACCUGGGCUCCCUGGGACAGCCCCAGCCUGAAUCCAACCUUGGCCAGUGGCCAUGGGAAAAGCAGAAAGCAGGCAGCCACUGGGGCCAGGGGAGAGAGAGAGGGGCCUUCUGGAAGGGCCACCUUGGAGGCUGGAAUGGGGAUUCCCGGAGAGAACCACCUCCUGUCCCUUGCCUGCCUCUGACCACAGAUCUCACUCACCACUGGAUGGUGGGUCCAGACCUAGCACAGUCACUGUGCUUCUCGGACUGAUUAUUAGGAUGAGCAUCAACUACUACUCCAAAAAUUGCUGGCCAAACUUUGAAAACUUCACCAUGUUCUGAUGACGACGAUGAUGAUUCUUGGCAAUUGCACAAUCCUUCCUCCAGGAAGUGGGGGAGGCAGCUAGGGGGCCCAGGGAAGGGUCUCUUUGUUGCUGGGAUCCCCUGGGGAUUGGGGUCAUCUGCCAACUCCAGGCAGCCGCUGUAGCCUCACCCCUGGGCCCCCCAGUUUUGGGUCUUCCAUCCUCAAAUAAACUAUUUUUGCUUGUA